AUGACUGAUCAGUUCGGUCCCAUUACACUAAAAUGGGAUCCCAAAAAUCUAGAGAUACGAACUAUGUCUGUGGAAAAGACAUUAGAACCAUUAGUUUUACAAGUUACUACUUUAGUGAACACUAAAGGGACUUCACGUAAGAAGAAAGGACGUUCAAAAAGAGCUCAUGUUCUAGUUGCUGCUGUUGAAAAAGCUACAGAGAAUUUUAUUGAAGUUGGAGAACAAAUCGCUUUUGAAAAUCCUGAUAUAAAACAAGAAAUGUUAGCUGCAGUUGAAGAAGUUCGAAAAACUGGUGAUGCUAUGAGUAUUGCUGCAAGGGAGUUUGCUGAAGAUCCUUGUGCUUCAGCUAAACGUAGCAAUAUGGUUAGAGCAGCAAGAAAUCUAUUGUCAGCCGUAACACGCCUACUUAUACUUGCAGAUAUGGUUGAUGUGCAUUUAUUAUUGAAGUCUUUAAGGGUUGUUGAAGAUGAUUUGGAAAAAGUUAAAAAUGCUUCAAGUCAAGCCGAACUUCUUGACAAUAUUAAAGUUUUUGGUAGAAGUGCUAGUGAACUUAUGAGUCAAGCUGCAAAACGACAACAAGAAUUAAAGGAUCCUCAAUUACGUGAUGAUCUUGCUGCAGCUCGUGCUAUUUUAAAAAAACAUUCUACAAUGUUGUUAACUGCUUCCAAAGUUUAUGUAAGACACCCAGAACUUGCUGCAGCUAAAGCUAAUCGUGAUUUUGUAUUGAAACAAGUGUGUGAAGCUGUAAACACUAUAAGUGAUGUUGCCCAAGGUCGAUCUGCUGCAAUGAACGAUAAUGGAAACCAAAUUUAUGAUGGACCUGGUGAAUUGGCUGCUGCACUUGAUGAUUUUGAUGAAAGAAUGGUUAUGGAUCCUCUUGUUUAUAAUGAAGUGCGUACUCGUCCUUCUUUAGAAGAACGACUUGAAAGUAUUAUUAGUGGAGCUGCAUUAAUGGCUGAUUCUUCGUGUACUCGUGAUGAACGUAGAGAACGAAUUGUUGCUGAGUGUAAUGCUGUGCGCCAAGCAUUGCAGGAUUUGCUGUCUGAAUAUAUGUCCAACAUGAGUGUAAAAGAAACUAGUGAAGGAUUGGAACGUGCUAUUGAUCAUAUGUGUAGAAAAACUAGAGAUUUAAGACGACAAUUACGUAAAGCCGUUGUAGAUCAUGUAUCUGAUAGCUUCCUAGAAACAAGUGUUCCGUUACUUGUUUUGAUUGAAGCAGCACAUUCAGGUGACGAAAAAGAAGUUGAAGAAUGUGCUCUUGUAUUCACUGAACAUGCAAAUAAACUUGUUGAAGUAGCUAAUCUUGCGUGUAGCAUGUCGAACAAUGAAGAUGGUGUAAAAAUGGUACGAACAGCUGCUGCACAAAUUGAGAAUUUAUGUCCUCAAGUCAUAAAUGCAGCUAGAGUACUUGCUGUUCGGCCUCGCUCUAAAUUGGCACUUGAUAAUAUGGACGUUUUUAGAGAUGCAUGGCAAGCACAAGUCAGACUACUGACUGAAGCUGUUGAUGAUAUAACAACAAUUGAUGACUUCUUGGCUGUUUCAGAAAGUCAUAUUUUGGAAGAUGUGAACAAAUGUGUUCUCGCAUUACAAGAAGGAUCAGCUGAUCCAUUAGAUAGAACUGCUGGAGCAAUUAGAGGCCGUUCAGCUAGAGUUUGUAAUGUAGUAGCUGCUGAAAUGGAUAAUUAUGAACCGGGAAUAUAUACUGAGCGUGUGUUAGAAGCAAUUAAAGUAUUACGUGAUCAAGUUAUGCCUAACUUUGCUCAACGUGUUGAGUUAGCGGUUGAUGCCUUGUCAACCAAUCCUCCUAAAGAAGUAGAUGAAAAUGAUUUUAUUGAUGCUUCUAGACUUGUCUAUGAUGGUGUAAGAGAGAUUCGUCGAGCUGUUCUCAUGAAUAGGACUGAUGAAGAAUUAGACCCUGAAGAUAUAGAGUUUGAUGAACAUUAUACAAUUGAUACACGGAGCCGGUCAAGUGCUCAUACUGGAGAACCUUUGGAUGAGUACCCAGAUAUUAGUGGAAUUACUACAGCACGUGAAGCUAUGAGAAAAAUGACAGAAGAAGAUAAACAGAAAAUUGCUCAACAAGUUGAAUUCUUUAGGAGCGAAAAGCUUAAGUUUGACCGUGAGGUAGCUAAAUGGGAUGAUACAGGAAAUGAUAUUAUUGUUCUUGCCAAACAUAUGUGCAUGAUUAUGAUGGAGAUGACAGAUUUUACCCGUGGCCGUGGACCAUUGAAAACUACUAUGGAUGUUAUUAAUGCAGCUAAGAAAAUUUCAGAAGCUGGAACAAAGUUAGAUAAGCUUACUAGACAAAUUGCUGACCAAUGUCCAGAAUCAUCUACCAAAAAAGAUUUGUUAGCUUAUUUACAACGUAUUGCUUUAUAUUGUCAUCAGCUGAACAUCACUUCUAAAGUUAAAGCUGAUGUGCAAAAUAUAAGUGGUGAACUAAUUGUUUCCGGGUUGGACAGUGCCACAUCUCUUAUUCAAGCUGCAAAAAAUUUAAUGAAUGCUGUUGUAUUAACCGUGAAGUCCUCGUAUGUGGCCAGUACAAAAUACACUAGACAAGGAGCAGAUCCCCAAAAACUUGUUGUGUGGAAAAUGAAAGCUCCUGAAAAGAAACCACUUGUAAGACCAGAAAAACCUGAAGAAGUUAGAGCUAAAGUACGAAAAGGCUCUCAAAAGAAAGUACAAAACCCAAUAAAGGCUUUAAGUGAAUUCCAAAGUCCUACAGAAUCUGUUUAA